AUUUUGCUUCAUUUUUAGUAAUCGGAGGCUUGGCGUUUGAAGGACUAAGGGUUAAUUUCGCUCGGUUCUUUUUCGGAUCAUGCCCCACGACCCCGAUCUUCCUCCGGCCAAGAAGUUUAAGCCGGGCUCCCCUUUUUUCUCUUCACAUAAGAAGCCUGGCAUGCUGCUGCCAAAGAAAGGAAAUGUACCUAUAUAUAUAGAGGGCCAACGGAAACAACUGCCUAUUUACCAGGCCAGAUCGAAGCUGAUCGACCAGCUCAGACAUUUACACAAUGCUGUAUUAAUAGGAGAGACAGGAUCUGGUAAGACCACACAGGUCCCUCAGUAUCUCUAUGAAGCUGGGAUUGGUCGGCAGGGCAUGAUCGCCAUCACUCAGCCCCGACGUGUGGCUGCCAUCUCACUGGCGGGAAGAGUGGCUGAGGAAAAGAAAACCCAGCUUGGAAAACUGGUGGGUUACACGGUGCGAUUUGAAGAUGUGACGUCCCACGAGACCAAGCUUAAGUUCAUGACAGACGGUAUGCUGCUAAGAGAGGCGAUCGGGGAUCCUCUGUUGCUGCGAUACACUGUGGUGAUUCUGGAUGAGGCUCAUGAGCGUACCGUCCACACGGACGUCCUCUUUGGCGUGGUCAAGAGUGCCCAGCGCAAACGCAAAGAGCAGAACAAGAUCCCGCUAAAGAUUAUCGUGAUGUCUGCCACCAUGGACGUGGACCUGUUCUCUCAGUAUUUUAACAAGUCUCCUGUGCUGUACUUGGAGGGCAGGCAGCACCCCAUUCAAAUCUACUAUACCAAGCAGCCACAGUCUGACUACCUGCAUGCAGCUCUGGUCUCCAUCUUUCAGAUUCACCAGGAAACCCCUUCAUCCCAUGACAUCCUGGUGUUCAUGACCGGUCAGGAGGAGAUCGAGGCACUUGCUCGUACUUGUCGUGACAUUGCCAAACAUCUGCCUGAAACUUGUGGACCCAUGAUUGUGAUCCCCCUGUAUGCAUCACUUCCUCCUGCUCAGCAGCUCAGGGUCUUUCAGCCUGCACCUAAGGGCUGUAGGAAAGUUAUCCUCUCCACCAAUAUAGCAGAGACGUCUAUAACUAUCUCUGGAAUUAAAUAUGUCAUCGACACAGGAAUGGUGAAAGCCAAGCGCUAUAAUCCAGACAGUGGUCUGGAAGUGUUGGCAGUGCAUCGGGUAUCCAAAGCUCAGGCCUGGCAGCGGGCCGGCAGGGCAGGGAGAGAAGACUCAGGAUCUUGUUACCGUCUCUACACAGAACACGAAUUUGACAAUCUAGCCAGCAUGACUGUACCUGAAAUCCAACGGUGUAAUUUGGCAGGGGUAAUACUGCAUCUACUGGCGCUGGGUGUUCCUGAUGUGAUGAACUUUGACUUUAUGUCCAAACCAUCACCUGAGUCAAUGCGAAUGGCGGUGGAGCAGCUGGAUCUACUAGGGGCUGUAGAGAGGAAGAAUGAUCAGGUUUUUCUUACUCCGCUAGGGAAGAAGAUGGCAUGCUUCCCUCUGGAGCCCCGCUUUGCUAAAACCAUCAUACUCUCACCAGAUUUCUCCUGCACAGAGGAGGUCCUGACUAUCGUCUCUUUGCUCUCGGUGGACUCUGUGCUGUACAAUCCACCAGCCCGCAGAGAUGAGGUGCUUGUUGUGCGCAAGAAGUUUGUCUCCAGCGAGGGAGACCACAUAACCCUUUUAAACAUCUACAGGGCCUUCAAGAAAGUCAGCGGGAAUAAGGAGUGGUGUCGAGAGAACUUUGUGAACAGCAGGAAUAUGGGUCUGGUGGCUGAAGUUCGAGCACAACUGAGGGAUAUUUGUAUUAAGCUGGGACUGAAGCUGGAAUCCUCCCAGUCAGAACUGGUAAAUGUGCGGCGCUGCCUGGCACACAGCAUGUUCACCAGCGCAGCUGAGCUUCAACCAGACGGUACCUAUGUGGCUCUAGACACCCACCAGCCCGUAGCUAUCCACCCGUCCUCUGUACUGUUUCAGGCCAAGCCUGCCUACGUGGUGUUCAAUGAGCUUCUGCACACGUCACGCUGCUACAUGAGGGACCUGUGCCUGGUGGAUGCUGACUGGCUGCAGGAAGCGGCGCCCGAGUAUUUCCGACGUAAACUCCGCACGGGCAAGAGCUAGUGAAGUCAGGGUCUUCUGGGCUGUGUGACCAAAUAUAACUAAAAGGUUUGAGUCAGGUGGUUAUGGAAGGGCUAGUGGUGAGUCAAGGUGACUGAGUGUGUGGCAUAAUCCAAUAGAUAUUUAAUUUGAGGACUUCCUUUGUGUUGGGAAAUGCUUACUGAUAAAACCUCUCAAAGCAGCAUUAUUCUCAUCAUCUUAUCUGUGUAACUGAAUGAAAACUUGACAAAGGAAUUUUCAUUUUCAAUAAGAACAAGUCAAAAAAAAUCAGCACACCAAGCCCCCUCUGAAGACACACUUUGUUACAUUACAGUUUAAAUUGGCUGUUUGGUUUUUGUCCACUAUUAGGAAAUAAGAGCUGCUUCUCAUGCUUUUCUGUGUCUAGGGUUGCCAGAUCCUUUUCCGAAAAUUGCUGUUACUCUGGUUAUACCUUGUUAUACCCUUCAGACACAAUUGCCGUUUGUUUGGUGGAGGAAAGGCCAGAUUCAGGAUCACUUUGUUGUCUGUACAACAGCGCCACAUACUGUUUACAAGAGGCAUCAGCUUGAAUGGUGAUGGAAUACUUAAGUGUAUUGUCUUCCUAUAGAGCUUGAUUGCUUCUUGUGUGUCAGUGGGGGCUUGUGAUAGUCUGCAGUCCAUUUUGGGCAGGAUGAAUGUCAUGUUUUAGGAGGAGGUUGACAGAAUAAUGAGGCAGGGGAUUGGGGGAUUAGACAAAUGUUUAAAUAUAAACUUGAACUUUGCCUGAAUAAAUAAAAACAUAUAAAUAUUAACCCUAUAUUGGAGGAUAAACUGUCUUUAGAAUUAUAUCACACAUCUUGUUGCCUUGACUUGCAAGUUGAUCAUAACAGACGUUGUUUAUUCUAGUCUUAGACCAAGUUUGCUGGCUCUAAGGAUGAGCCAACACUGAACGUAGGUUUAAACGAGGGUAAACAAUGGACUAUUAUUUGGGUGAAAGUUCAGGAAUGUCUUUGGACAUCAGACAUAUUUUGCACAGCCACCCAAGGCUGCGUUUGGUUCAUUCGCGUACUCAGGCAGUUUAAUACUGGAAGCUUUUUUUAUGGAGAGUUCUUUCUACCCGAGAAGAUUCUUAAGAUGUCAUGCCUGUUUCUAAAGGUUUUAAAAUUCUGUAUCGUACGUUUACUUGAUGCAACUAAGAUAAGCUUGCCUUUAUGAAUGUUUGCAUGUUCUCUCAACCACAUUUGCCAUGCUAUAUCUGGACUUGAAUUGUGUCUAAGCAAAUACUUCACUAAUAAGCAAAAUAAAAAAGGAAUGGGAUUUGGACAGCUUUCCCACUUAGGUCUAUUCAAUCAAUUUAGACACGUUGAAUGGCUGGUGCUUGCUUCUUUAGUUUGGUGAUGGAGCUAGAAGACAAAUGUAGCUAGCAUGUAAUAAAGGCCAUUCAGAAAUUCAUUGAUUAAUUUAUCAUUAUUAACCACUGCCAUCUGUGUGAAAUUCCUCAAUAUGACCUGUCCAUAUCUCCUAACAGGUUAUAAUGUCAUUGUCAUUAGCUUUGUUAGCAGUCAAAACACAAACAAUGACCAUCUGUGAGAAGAUGACCUUUCCUUAAUGUUUACAUUAAAACUGGGAUCAAGCACCCUUGGUCACAAUUUAGAUGGAGAUGGGUGUGGCUGUAUUACCAAGUAACAUGUGGUAGACAGUUUGAUGUUGAUUUUAUAUUGCUUUAAAGCUCUACUAGUAGUCUAAACCUUUAAAAAGUGUGUGUUUUGAUAUAUACACUGUAUGGCUAAAAGUAUAUGGCUUCCCCUUCAAUUUCCACAUGUUUUAGCUAUAUCAAUUGCUAACAAGUGUGUAACAUUAAUUAUACAUUUAUAUUAUG